GUCCGACACGGUAACCACGGCAACGGUAGUAAUGUUACGCUGUCAGACUUGAGCAACGGGAGCAGAGACAGAGACAGGUGAUGGACGACUGGCGUUAGUUAUGGAGCUGUUGGGUUUUAUCUGACUUGUGUUGCUAUAAAGCAACUCGUCUGUCUUCCGUUAAAGGUAACGUUAGCUCGUUGUUCCUGCGGGGAUAGAAAGUAAACCCGGAACAAACUAAAUCCACAUGAUCCGGUCAUGUUUAAAGUGAGUAACGUUAUUUUAACCAACAAGGCGUUUUGAAAAUGGAUUCAGACAGAAUUGUGCAGAGAAGAAACCCGGACAUUCCUGUAAUCAGACCAAGAGCAUCGGAUAAGAACCCACAUAUACCGGAGUAUGUCUGCAACCAAAGAAGACAGAGGACCGGACCUGUAACUUCUCAACAGGUCGGUGUUAAAAGUCUUGAACUCCGUAAGGUGAUCCGUCUCCUUGAAGAUCCUUUGACAGCUAACUUGAAGGAGAGGCACCUUUUUGUCCUGAAGAAACUACUGAAGAGAAGCCAAAUCGGCUUUCUUUUGAAGGAGCUGACGGGCAUCGCCAAAAUACUCGACGCCUGUGCUGAGAAAGUGACGGAUCACCGUGAGUAUGUGCCCAUCCUGUGUGAUGCACUUCAAAUCUGUAGGCUUCCCUUCUUGAAGGAGAAAGCCUCCGAUGAGCUGAACUACGCUCAGGACGUCAUCGAGUUCCUCUCUCACAUGGGCUACCUGAUGAGGGUGUCCCACGCUGAGGUGAGACAGCAGAUAGUUGAGUCUGUGAAGUCAUUCUACGGCUGCGUGUCUCCCAGACAGCUGCUUGACGGGCUGCAGCCAACCUCUCCGGGCUACAGGCUGCAGCUGCUGGAGCGCAGUGACCUGGCGCCGACGCUGCUCCUCUCCCUGGCCGCUCUGGAGAACCAGCCCGCCAUCAAGCUGCCGCUCCUGCAGACACUUCAGAUCCUCUCCAGCUCCUCUGAUAUGAACUGCGCACUAAUACUGAAUGCUCGAGGAGCAGAGACGAUCUGUCUGCACAUGAACGAACCCGACCCGUCCGGCCAGGUCCUGAUCCACUCCACCGAGAUCCUCUGGAACCUGCUGGAGAGCGGCAGCAAGGAGGUCGCUGCUCAGCUCAGCCGCAUGGAGUGUGUCAUACCUCUGAAAGAAGCGUUUCUUCACCAGCUGAUGAACGGCUCCCGACACUCGGACCUCCAACUCAGAAACGAUCUGCUCGUGAUCACAACUCUCAUCGCGGAAAGCCCUAGCUGUCUGCUUAUUGAGAGUUUAUUUGCCAAACAGCUCGUGGUUUUGGCCACAUUUCCAGAACUGAAAAGUUACAACCCUUUGGUCCGCAACCUAAAGCUGGCCUACAAACACGAAGACUUGAAAAUGAAGAAGUUGCUUUUGAAUCUGUUGGUUUUGAUGUCAAAGGACUUUGCUGCGCUGCAGCUUUAUAAAGAGGAAAGAGUCAUGCUGGCUCUGUUGACGCUCGUGAAGCCGCCCGCUGCCUCGUCCGAGCGCCGGUCCGCGUCCCUCCAGUGGUCCUCGGGCCAGCGGGAGGAGCUCCAGCUGCAGGCGCUGGCCACCCUCUGCACCGUCGCUCCGCUCAUGUUGGACGACUACAUGACCUGCCAGGGGAACACCUGUCUGCUGCUACUGCUGGACUGGUGCGUUGCUCAAGAUGCUUUCUUUGGUCAGGGUCACGGCUCCCACAACGGAGGAGCAAGAGGCAGCACGAAGGCUCAGAUGCAGCAUUGUAUCAGAGUGCUGAGAUCCGUGACGUCUUUAGGAGAAGACUCAGUCAACCAGGACUUCUGUGAUCAAGGAACCAUCAACCAGUUCUUGGGGAUUUUGAUGCAUAUGGAAACGAGUCCUGACGAGGAGGAUGUCGUCACCCUGGAAAUAAAGUCCGAUAUUCAACUGAUACUUUCAGCGCUGUGUGAGAAGGACAUGCACAGAAAGGAGCUGUUUGGAUCAGAGGGAGUUGAGAUGGCGAUUCACUUCCUGAAGAAAGGCUGCGACAGGUUCUACAGCGGCUUCGGACACAACAAGCUCAUCCUCUCAACGGUGGACUGCGUGCGGUCCUGUAUUGUGGGCUGCUACACCACAGAAGAUUUCUUUUUGGCUAAAGAGGGGGCGUGUCUUCUGUUGGACUUACUCAGUUCGAGCCCCAGAUGCGUACACUGCAUCGUCCUCGCCGCCCUGCUGGAGUUGAGUGACAACCCCAAUUCUCUGUCUCACAUCCUGAGCUGGAGGGACGCCGGUGGUCAGACCGCCCCCAGAUUGCUGCUGCACCUGUGGAGGGACGAGGAGGAGGAGCUGAAAGUCAGCCGGAACCGACAAGGAGGGAUCGCAGACCCCCAGAGACCCAUCCUCAUUCACCACCAGCAGGAGGACAGCCAGCUGUCAUUUCCCUCCAGCAUGUCGAGUGCAGCAGUGCUGGAGCUGUCAGAGAACCUGCGGUUAAAGAUUUACUCCAUCUUCUGCAAACUUGGUUUUCAAGACCUCCCUGGAUUGUCGAGAAAACAUUAUGUGACCUUGAGCAUCGUCAGGAGAUACCUGGACUUCAAGGUCGGCGAGGUGUGGGACGAGAUCCGCAGGGAGCUGAGUUUGGACGGGGUGAGGCCGAUCACCCCCGACGAGGAGGCCCUGAGUACCAUCUGUAGGAUUGCAGCGGACACUGCGAGGAGGGUGGCGGCGGAACAGAACAGCAUCCUGGAGCAACAGGAGAAGGAGGACGCCGGCGAGGAGGAGCUGCUGUACACGGAGAUUAAGUCUCAUUGGAAGCAGCGGGAGCUCAUAGCCAAGUCAUGGGACCGUUACGUUUCCAAGACUUCAAACUAUGAGAUCCUGAAGGAAGUAAAAGCACAGAGGGAGGAAUACAUUGAAUCGUUCAGAGCCAAAGCCAAGCACCAGGACGCUGCUGUUCGUCCAACAGAGCAUUUCAUCGGGGAGGUGAUGUCUUUCGAGAGAACGGGCGCUCAGGGGCCCGCUGGAGUGAAAGUGACCAUUGCCCGAGUUCCCAUCAAGGCUGCGGGUCCGGACCAAGUUGGAGCCUCAAGUCAGGACCCAGAGUACUUCACCACCGUGUCUGUAAAAGACUGAUGUUUCAUAAGCGCCCUUUACAUUGGUAUCAAACAUUUAUUUGAUCUUGUGGACUUGAAUACACACCCAACACGACGCAGACCAAACCCUGCAGCACGGCCACACAUCCAUAACCAAUACAUGUUUAUUCAUAACGGCUUCUAAUUCAUACCCAGUCCAUCCAUACUGAAGGGUUUGAUUUGACUCUGGCAGCAAAUGCAGACGGUGAGGUCACUUGAUCACAAUCAGCACCUUGUAGUCUAGUCCGUCCAUUAAACACACACACACACAGUGCAGUAAACUAACUGGCCUUUGUGGCACUAUGUUCAUGUAUAAUAAUAAAACAACAUGCAUGUUCAUUUUUUUCAGAUAACAUGAAACGUAAUUUAAUUUGUAACACCCCACCCCCCAAUAAUUAAAAGGUUUCUCUGCAUUCAUUCUACCACGUUCUUUGUUUAUAUAACUCACGGGGCAACAUGAACAGUGGCACCCUGAACAGUCAAUGUGGCAUCAUGGGGCCAUCAACUGAGGCCUUAUGUAACACCAAAAUAUCAAACCCAGCA